GCCAGCCUGUGUAAGAAAGUUUAGGCCCACUCGUACUCAGCCAGAACAGCUAGCCCCUCACAGUAGCAGUAAUCAAGAUUGCCAGGCCAUCUCAUAGAUACCAAUAGACUAGUCUCCACUGUGCUUGGGGUCACAUCCAGGGACAGGAAAAUGUUUGGCCACUUGCAAAAAGUGACUGUGUAUAAUUUUUCCUGGUUCAACUGUCUUCUGUGAGCUGCUUCAGCUGUUCUCUCGAUCUCUUAGUCUCCACGUGGUUUGCUGAUUCAGGUAUUUUUAUGCAUGCAACAGGAAUUUUCUGAAGAAAAGGGUGUGUCUUGUUGUUCUAAAAUUCUACUUGUAGCUGAGUUCAAGUGUGUUGUUCUCUACCGUAUCGUACCGAGGCUUGUUCUCUACUAACUUCUGCAUCUUGAAUGAAGAUACUGUAGCCUCUGGAUUAUUUUUAUCAAGAAGAUGUCUGACUAUCUCACAAUAGAAGAUCUAGGAGAUCUAUACAUAGCUACGUUUGAUGCUCGAAUCAAAUGGCGAAACUUCUUGCUAGUGCUUAAAAUAUCGUCGGAUACCAUUGACAGCAUAGGUACAAAAUGGCAAGACGAUCCUGAUGACUGCUAUCGUGAGGGUUUGAAAGAAUGGCUGAAAGGUAGAGAGAGAAGCUGGGAAGAUAUCAUCAAAGCUUUGUCCAGUCCUAUUGUGGGUCACAGUGACAUAGCCAGGACCAUCGAGAGAGAUCAUGUGCAAUCUACUAGUGGAAGCAAUCCUACCGAUGUGAAGUCAGAGGAUCACAAUCAGCAGAAGAUCAAUGACAAUUUGAUAAUUUUACUAAACGAACGACUCGGUAAAGGUGCAUUUGGAAUAGUCUUCAAAGGAAGGUACCGAGGCGAUAUUUGUGCAGUAAAAGUUCUAAUUCACGAUGGUAUCGAGAUGCAGUCAGGUUUCCCAGUCGGCAAAAGUGAAGAAGCUAGUAAAGCAUUUGAUCGUGAGUGUGAGUUUCUCAAGACACUCCAGCACCCAAACGUUGUGCAGUAUUUUUCAACUGCUAAGCACCCCAAAUCAGGCAGUACAAUCCUCGUUGUUGAGCUGAUGGAUUGCAGUCUGAGAUCGUAUUUCUCCAACCUUGAUAAAUUAGAGUCCCUCACUAGCGAAUGUGAGAUUAGCCUCUCCAAAGACAUGGCUUUCGGUCUGGCCUACAUUCACAGCAAGCAGAUUAUCCACCGUGACCUCUGUGGCGAUAACGUCUUGCUGAAGCUUACACGACCAGUGCCUAUCGCAAUGAUUUCCGAUUUUGGCAUGUCACGGCUAUACGAUCCCUCCAAGCUUAGCCACACCCUCACAGCAAUUGGUCACCGUAUGGGGUAUCUACCUCCCGAGGCCAUUCGAUUGGAAAAGGAGAAAUACGAUAGUAGCCUGGAUGUGUUUUCCUAUGGGGUGAUUGUGGCGCAGAUUGUUCGUAAGCUGGAGACGGUCAAAUCAGCAGAGGACCGAUCAUUCCAUGUUGCCCAGAUUCCUCACAAACACAGGUUGAGGAAGCUUAUUGACAGUUGUUUGGAAGAAGACAUGGGGAAGAGACCAUUUGCCAGGGACAUCUAUGCUUCACUGACAAGAGACUCGGAGCCAGUGGAGAGUGAGUCAAAGGACACUCAACCAGUCGAGAAGGCACGUAGAGAACAGGUUGAACACAAAGAUGCUGAGCUGGUCAGGAGAGAUGCCAUCAAUCAACAGCUGAUACAGGGUCCCCCUCCCAGGGAGUUGAUCCCUUCAUUCACUCUGAAAUUGAGAAGAGAAAAAGACAUGUCGAUCAAGAUGGGUGACUCAGUACAGAGUGUUGUUGUCGUUGACGUGGUGUAUGUUGGUGGAGGCCAUGCAGAAUAUGAUAGGGACAUGUGUGCAGUGAUGAAGCUCGAGCAACAUCAAUGGACCAAACUACCGGAGUACACUGCCCAGUACUUCGCUAUAACUUCACUCGCUAAUCGACUAGUGCUGGUAGGAGGAUAUGAUUUCAUAAACAACCAACCAACCAAUCAACUUGCAGUAUUUGAGUCAGGAGAAUGGACUCACCCGUACCCACCAAUGAACAUUGCUCGUGAUUCCUCAACAGCUGUCUCCUUCAACAACCACAUCAUUGUAGCAGGUGGGUUUAAUGAUAAACAGAGACGCAUCUCCUCUGUGGAGGUGUUGGACGUCGCAUCAAGAAGAUGGUACAUUGCUCAGUCAUUACCUAACCCACAGUCAGAUCUGAAAUCAACUCUCAUAGGAAAUACCCUUUACCUAAUGGGAGGGUACGAUCACACUGGGAAUCCAACCAAGACAGUGCACCACGUCGACCUCAAUGAACUCAUUGUAAAGGUGGCCCUUCCCUACCAGGACACGCCAACUCUCUGGCAGACCUUACAAGAAGUACCACUCGUGUUGUCAGCUCCUCUCAGUAUUGAGACAUCACUAUUAGCCAUUGGUGGACGUGACGACAAAAGCGAAACAAGUUCAGUGAUCCACCUCUACCAGCCUGACACCAGGAGGUGGGUGAAAGUCGGAGACCUGCCUACUGCACGAUUCAACUGCACAUGCUCAGCACUUCCUAGUGGAGAGGUGAUUGUAGCCGGAGGAGAGACAAAACUUAAUAUUUUCAUCCAAACUGCAAACUUCUUCUCUAAAAGUCCUGCUUAAUUACUUGUCAUGCAAUUAGUUAACAAUGUACGAUCUUGAUACUGAAAAACACCAAAUCAUUUUUUCCUGUAUUAUACUCUAAUUACGUUCCAUAGAAUUUCAUUGAUGAUUAAAAGUUUGUACUGAUAAAAAUAU